AUGUCUCGAUUCUCUCUCCAAGGUCGAACUGCGCUCGUGACCGGUGCAGCUCGUGGGUGCGGGCUCGCGUUUGCCAGAGGCCUUGCAGAAGCAGGUGCCGAUGUGGCCAUCUUCGACGUCAUUUCCCCGGAGGCAGGUUUUGAAGCUAUCGCGACCGAGUGCGGCGUGCGCACGGCCUAUUACAAGGUGGAUGUCUCCUCCGAAGAAUCGCUCGACGCCGGCUUCAAAGCCUUCCAAGCCGACUUCAAAAACGCUCUCGACAUCUGCGUUCCCUGCGCGGGUAUCAACAUUCACCAGCCCUUCCUGGAGUUCACAUACGCCGACCACGCCGCGCUGCUCGGGGUCAACGUGUUGGGCGUGUACAUGACGGCCCAACGCGCGGCCCGGCAGAUGAUCGCCAAUGGGACACAGAAGGGGAGCAUUGUCCUGGUGGCCAGCAUGGCGAGCCACGUUGCCGUGCGUUCUCAGCUGUGCAGUGCGUACUGCGGGAGCAAGGGAGCCGUGAGGGCGAUGUGUCCGGCGAUUGCCAAGGAGAUGGCCCAAUACAACAUCCGCGUCAAUUCAAUUUCGCCGGGAUAUGUGCGCACGGAAAUGACGGCUGCGUUCUCGCAUCUGGUCGAAGAGUGGAAAGGCGACGCGAUGAACGGGCGCAUUGCCGAGCCGGAGGAUAUCAUGGGGGCGUGCGUGUUCCUAGCCAGUGAUGCUAGCUCUUACAUGACGGGGCAGGAUGUGGUGGUGGAUGGGGGAGUAACCAAGUGUGAUAAUUGCAGAUGCAACCUCCUGCGCUACGGCACUCCGAUUAUCCUUCUCGAUGACCGCCCCGAUAAAACUUCCACAGGCAAAGCAGAUGGUCUGCAACCAAAGACGAUCGAGACGCUGAAGCAGCUGCGUCUGGCCGACCCGUUACUGCGACACGGGGCCAAAGACUCCACCCCAACGCAGCCCCUCCGCCGCACCGGCCGUAAAACCCACUACCCGGACCACCUGGUCGGCGCGCCCGAUCCAUACAUCCUCCUCGCCCAUCAGGGCAUGCUAGAGAGUAUCUUCAUCAAGGAUAUCGAAAGCCGGGGUGGAUCCAUAUCGCGGAACAGUGAAUUCGUAGGCGUCGAGAAGGACGAGGCGGGCGAUCUCAAAGUCACAUACAGGGACCUGACGACGGGCGAUGUGGGGUCCGUGUACGGGAAAUACCUGGUUGGGUGCGAUGGCGCCCGGUCGAAAGUGCGGGACUUCAUUCCCGAUGCGCAGUUGGAGGGCGAGAAGACGAAUGCUUCGUGGGGGGUGUUGGAUGGCGAGAUUGAAACCACCUUCCCUGACCUCUGGAGCAAAGUCGCCGUCCGUUCCCACACAGCCGGGUCGAUCCUCUGGAUUCCCCGGGAGCGGAACAUGACCCGCUUAUACGUUGAGUUGAGUGCCAUAGAUGGUGAGCGGGUGCCUAAGUCGAUGGCGACCCCGGAGUAUGCCAUGGCUAGGGCGCGCGAGGCGAUGAAACCGUUUUCCCUCGAGUGGAAAAACAUUGAAUGGUUCGGGAAUUAUAUCGUCAACCAGCGCGUGGCACGCCACUUUUCCGACCCAAGCAAUCGCAUCUUCAUCGCCGGUGAUGCCGGCCACGUCCACUCCGCUCUGGCCGCCCAAGGCGCCAACACCAGCAUGCAUGACUCGCUCAACCUCGCCUGGAAGAUCAACCUGCACUCCCGCGGCCUAGCCACCAACACCCUCCUGUCGAGCUACUCCGUCGAGCGUCGCAAGAUCGCGAACGACCUGAUCGCCUUCGAUGCCAGCCACGUGGCGGCGUUUGAACAGGGCGAGGCCGCGCUGACGCGGAACUUCGACGAGAACAUCCGGUUCAUCGCCGGGUUUGGGGCGGAGUAUCUUCCCGAGGACGUGCUCACCUGGGCGUGGGAGGAUAAAGGAGUCCAGAAUGGACACGCUCACGGCAGUAACGUCUGGGAAGAGGCAGACGAAAAGCUAGGAUGGGUGAGGCCAGGCUCUCUACUCCCGCCUUGUCUGGUCACGAGAUUUAUCGAUGCGAACCCCGUGGCGGUGCAGUUGGAUAUUCCACUUCUGGGUCAGUUCCGAGUAUAUCUUGUUGUCCCGGAUGUACAGGCAGAGAGUAAUUUCCUCGAAGAGUUUUGCGAGAGAGUUAUGAAUGAUGGGAGUGUGCUAGCUACGAUGACGCAAAAGGCUAAUGAGAGCUAUGCGCGCAGGGAGCGGAAGCAGGCGCCAGACGAUGUGUAUCUGGGCCACGCGAGGUAUACUCCGGUGUCGCAGGUGGCGACGUUCGCCCUGGUGACUCGAGGCCCACGGGAGAGUUUCGAGAUAGAGGAUCUGCCUGAGGUGCUGAAGCAGAGUCGCUGGACCGUGUACCUAGAUGAAGCGGGUGAGGAGAGGGGCGGAUGCACGAGCCGGUGGUUGGGCAAGACUGGUGCUUCAGGGACGGCGGUGAUGAUCGUGAGACCAGACGGGUAUAUCGGGGCUGCGGCGGGCUGGAGUUGUUACGACGGGGUGCAAGCAGCUGAGUGGGUCAACAAUUACUUUGGGAGCUUCACUGAUUCUGUUUGA